AUGCUUAGACUGCCUCCAUCAGCGGUUGCGAGGAGGAUCGUCGCUUUUGUGUUUUUUGCUUUAACCUACAGCCGUGCAGAUACCCUAGCUGUUGAGAAGAUGGCUUUGGUGGAUGCGGUCAACGACAUUGUAAUUGCAGAAUUCGACCCUCUUGAGUCUGGGACUACAUUGUACCUGGACGAGCUCCCUGCACAGAUCAAUGUUGCCGCCACUACCGUUCACAGUGUCGGAAGCGUGCGGUUCAAAGUCAACGGAGGCCACUUCAGAACUGAGACCAAUCCACCCUAUGCCCUGGCUGGGGAUAGUGGAGGUAAUUAUCACGACUGGGGGCCAUCGCCGGGGACGUACCUCAUUGGUGCCCAGGCCUUUCAGAAUGCUGGUGGCAACGGAGAUUCUGGGACCGAACAUCUGAUCGUCGUUACUGUUGCUGCUACUCGCCCUGUGACAACAUCGACGAUCACCACAAGUUCCUCGGUCACCACAAGCUCCUCAACUUGGUCGUUCACAUCUAGCUCUAGCACGACUACUGAAAGCAGCUCAACGUCGACAACAUCGCUCUCCACAAGCAGCUCAUCUAGCUCUAGCGCUACUACUCAGAGCAGCUCAACGUCGACAACAUCGCUCUCCACAAGCAGCUCAUCUAGCUCUAGCGCGACUACUGAGAGCAGCUCAACGUCGACAGCAUCGCUCUCCACAAGCAGCUCAUCAGCCACCUUCACCACGACCUCAACUGCCACAGAGUCUUCAACCACAUCUACGUCAUUGACAUCAUCGCCGUCAAGCACCACAAGCACCACGAUCUCUUCGCUUACGGGGACUGUAAGCAGCUCGACAUCCACUACAUCUUUGUCAACAAGCACCUCGUUCACAGCCACCACUACGCUCCCAUCGACAUCAAGCAGUUCGACAUCCGCCACAGUUAGUACCACACUUUCAACCACAGCCUCGUUUUCGAACACCAUCUCGACUUCAAGUACAGUCUCGAUAUCAACAAGCAGUUCAGUGUCAACUACGACUUCAACAUCAACAAGCAGCUCAACAUCUACACUUUCGUUCAGCUCCUCUUCCACAGCAGUCUCUUCCUCAACCACCACGACUACAGCUACAUCAGCUUCAGUCACGAAGACGCCAUGCACUUCGACAUCUACCAUGCAUUUGAGCGGUACAACUUCGUCGUGGUCCAACGCUUGCAAUACAUCCUUUGAGCUGCCGAGGGUUGUACUUCCUGACAGCCUUAUGCAAAGCACGCAUGGGGAGAUCUUGUCCAAAUCGCUGGAGGCUGCUACAAAGUUCAUUUGCGAGGAUGGUGACUUACAUGGCACGACAACAGCAGUUGGGGCAGUGACCGCGAUGAAGCUGACCGCACAGACACACCCGGCGGUGCUGGAACUGAACACAAGCGAAGACAGCUUGCCCAUGAAGAUCAUACUUCCGCCAAGCCUGCUGCAGACUUUGCUCCAAAGUGGCAACGCAAUGAUGGUUUUCACAGAGGUGGCGCCGGAGCUAGCUCCAGCCUUUGCUUCGCAGGGGGUUGACGGAGAAGAUGUGGUUCUGCUGUCGCGGCUUGUGGAGCUCUCCUUCAUCAGCGAGAAUGCUGGAGCUUUGACUCUUCUGAACGUUUCUGGAAGCGAGGGCAUCGUGUUCUCGAUCGCUUCCCGCGCUCCGCUUGAGGACGAAAGGUGUGGAUUCUUCGACCCCGAACUGGGUGCUUGGUCCGAAGAGGGAAUCGACUUCUUGGCCCACUACGAGGUUCAUGGCGAAAGCAUCAACCGUUCCUGGUGCCGGACUACACACACAUCCCUCUUUGCACUCCUCCAGACGCUACCUUUUGACCGGGCCAUUGGGGGAGGAGUCUUCAUCGACGUAGAAAGCUAUGCAGGGGCUGUGGUGCUCUGCAUCACUCUCGCAGUUAUAUGUUGUUUGCUUCUCUGCAUUGUUUUGCUCCGACGCGUGCGGAAGCCAACCUCCGGACAUGUCACACUGGUGGCACGGAAGCUUGCGCAUGGCCGCAAAGAAAAGGCACGCACACUUUCCUUUAAACUCAGCGACCUGCCGGGCGAAGUGGAUGAGGAGGGGAGGCCAGCCCAGCCAAAGGUCCACGUGAGGUGGGAGGAGGACCUCAGCAUACUGGAAGACCUACAUUGCCUGCGCCGGGGCCGCCGUCAGGUUGUUGUGAACCUCAACAUCGGGCCACCUCAGCACAAGGUGGAUUCGGCCGACUCCUAUCGAGAUCCUCUUCGGGAGACGGUUCGACCGAAGUUUUCUGCAAAUGUGGAUGCAGGUGCUCAGCUGGAGAGAGAGUCCUCGGAGACCGAGCUCGCCAACGAGCUGGUGCUUGCAGGGUUGGAUGACGCAGUGGACGUCAUCUCCGCAGGGGUGGAUGAUCUCUACUUCUUGGAGACCGACUCCAUUGUCUCUGCGGGGCUGGAUGGCUUCGUGUAUGUGCCUCCGUGUGAAGCCUACCGAGAAGGUGAAUGGGUCCUGUACUUUUCUUCGACUCUGGCGUGCAUGGUGCCAGCUAGAGUUGCAGGGCCAGGCACCUUCCGAAGCGACGACCCGAGCGAGCUACCCUCCUAUGCUUGCCGUAUCGGCGUCCGAAACCAGCUAAGGGAGGCUGUACCUCUGCGAGCCCUACGACCGGUACUGGAGGCGGGCGAGCACGUGGAGGUUUAUUCUGCGAAGGCUUGGACCCCUGGAGUGGUACGGACCACGCCGCCCAUCCGCCGCCCGCCACACCUUUGGACUUUCCGGGUGAGGCUCGAGGACCAGAAGAGUCAGGACCUGGAGGUUCCUUUGACCAUGCUUCGACGUCGGUUUUUGGCGGGCGAGCAGGUGGAAGCCUACCUGGGUCGUGGAGCUGGUUGGGUCCCAGCCAUCGUUAGCGAUACGGUGGUUGAAAUCCCCCUCGCCACCGCAUGGUCACAGAGGUCGGAAGCCUCUAUGACUUCCGUUCCGUCCAUUUUGGACAUGGACCUUCAGCUUGCCAACCUGGACGCCACCGUGCGGAUCUUCCUUGAUUCCGCGAAGCAAGAGGUGGAGCUUCCAACCUCCCAGCUGCGAAGUUGUCGUCAGUCAAAGCUGUAG